AUGAUGAACGUGGAGCCUUACAACAACAUCAUUCAGGGCAAACGCAGAGGAAGCAAUGUUGGAAUACCAUCCAACAACUUGGGGUUGAAUGGAGGACAGCAAUUUUCGGACGCUGAGAGUGUGAUUGAUGCAGGCUUUUCAUUCCCAAUUCCAGAGUCGGUGGUUGGAGGAGGAAAAGCCACUCGCUCUGCAAGUAUUGCCGAUACAGCCAAUACUGGGAGUACGUUGCUUGAGUAUUACAAACUAUCAACGCUAGCUAAAUUGGAGGAACGAUUAUUCAUGUUCCUUCUCAAUUUACAAAUUAAGGACGAACUCACCUCUCGAAAAGACUUUAUAUUGGCACUUGUAACCAAUUUCUAUAUCAUGUGGGUAGCAUUAUUUGUCGGGGUUUUCCCCGACUAUAAGUAUGGAGAGUAUGGUGUUUGGAUUGCCCAAGCUCUCAAUUAUCCGAUUACAUUCGGGUUUCAUCAUUUGCCCUAUACGGCAGCCUUGAUUAUUGCGUGCAUUGUCUUCUCCGUGCUCAUGCUUGGAGUAUUGAAUUUACUGUUGGCCUAUCGAUCGGUCUAUACGAUGAGCAAGCACUGGCCAAAGAUUAAGAUGAUUACACGAAUAUUGUUAGGAUUUUUUUGCUACUUGUCCAUGCCUUUGCUAUGGUUGUUUCUAGGGUUUCUGGAUUGCUCAUACCAAUCUAAGGUUGUACUGUCCUCUCAAGCUUCAGAGGUUCAAGUACUCUAUCGAUUCCGUGAUGUUGCAUGUUACAGUACAACAAAUAUUGCCAUGAUGGUCAUUUCCAUCAUUUCCAUCGUUACUAUUUUUUGUAUGGUUUUUCUGGGCAUGUACACCCUUAACAAUUCUAAUCCCAGGAGCUCACUUCCCUUCUUGUCCUUCUACCAACAUGGGCAUUAUGUUAAUUUACUAUCUCUCAACAUUUUAUUUGUAGUCAUGUGCGUAGUUUCGCGUGAUUACAUGAUUGCUCCUGCUCUUGUGUACUUGUUAAGCAGAGCUGGUUUGUCCGCCUUGUUUUGGUAUCAAUUACCAUUCUACAGAAGGUGGGAAAAUGCAUUUUAUUUUGGACACAUGCUAUCUACGGUCGGAACAGGAGUGUGUGGAAUCAUUUCUCUGUAUGUCAACUCUUUGAACGAAUGGGGAUUCGGGCUAGGUCUGAUUGGAAUGACAUUCGGAGUUUCAUUUUGCUGUUUUGUUAUUGGAUGGGCGGCUCUCGAGGUUUAUUCCAGAUACAUUAUGAGAGACAUUAGAGUUGUAUUUUAUGACCAGUUGGAGAGCGGUCUUAGCCAAAUGAAUAAUGAUGGUGAGGUCGUUAACACAAAAGCCGUUCUAGAAAAAGAGUCGAUCAAAAUUUUACAAAUUAUAGACGAAACGAACCGAAAUAAGAGGUUGCAUCAUUUUUUGAAAUUUUCUCUCAAACAAAAAAUACAAGAAAAUGUAGUGAUUGGGUCCAUAAAGGACUUGGAGAUGGUGACUUGUUUUUUAAAAGGAGUUUCAACUCAAAAAUCUUACCAGAACGUUGAUUUAUUAAUUAUGGCUGCUGUGGUUACUGGAUCAUUUCUCGACAUGGAUCAAGGCAACACCAAAUCAUUGGCACUAUUAAGGAAGGCCAAAAAAGGCCAUCCCUCACUUCUUCAAAGAUUCGAAAUUGCUGAAAGAACCAAGGAAGUAGAGGCUAACUCAGAUAGUGAGAGAGGACUUUUAGAAAUUAAGCACAUUUUGCACACUCUUGAGAAGAAGGAGUUCACACUUCAAACUUUACACAAAGUAUUCUGGAAAAACCUGAUCAAUGAAUCGGUAUCAAUUGGAAAAGUGCUCUCUAUCAAUAAGCAAAUCACGUCGCUUACAGAAGAGUGUCAGGUCACACUUAACGGAUUAAUGGCGAACUAUGGCAACAAUAAGACCGUUCUGAGGAGAAAUGCAAAGUUUUUGCAACGAUUCUUAUUUGAGAAGGAGCGAGCAGAUGAGUUAUAUGAAGAGGCCACUGCCAUUGAGGAAGAGGAGAGUAAGAAAUAUUCGACAUCUAGAAGAAAAUCAAGAGCCGCCAAAAACCAAAAUAGAAUAAUGCCAAACAUCGAUAGCAUAAAUGCUGCUGCGAAGAACAAUAAUUUCGAAGAAAUGAGCUACAUUGGAGACUUGGCAAGCAAUUAUGGCCGCCCAUACCAUAGUAGAGCAUAUGAUGAAGAAAGUUUUGAUGGAAUUGAAAAUAUUAACGAUGGACAAAAGAAGGAGUUUCAAUUUAGAAAUGCUCUUAACAGACAAACAUCCCAUUCCGGUCUGCUUGCAUUUUUUAUUGCGCUCUCACUGCUUUCAAUAAUUGUGAUAUCAAUUGGAUUUGGGUUAAGUAUAUCCUUUGCCCAAAGCAUGACUUCUUCCAUUGAUUUCAGUUAUGAGAUUUGCAUUCCAACUGCUCUACCCAGAUUCUUUCUCAGAGAAAUUCGAACACAACAAAAUUUCAUGCAUCUCUUUCCACAAUAUUCACAUGAAAUAAGAGCAACAGGUUUACCGAACGUCAACAACACGGAACAGUUUCAUCAAUCACAUAUUUCCAGAAUGAAUACAUAUAAUUCUGUACUAGCAAAUUUGAAAUUGAUUGCAGAAACCAAGUUUACUGAAACCAUGAUUGAGGAUUUCACUAACACCAAUUAUUACUUAGUCACACCGGUAAUUUAUAAUGACAACAAUUCAACAGCUCCCCAAGGAUAUUUACAAUACAGAAAAUCAUCGAUAUCUGAAAUUACCGAUCAGUUAAUGCAUCACACUCAAAGGUUCUUGUUGUACACACCUAACAGUUACAAUAGAACCACUGAUUCUGCUGAUUUUCUUUUCUAUUGGGCUAAUAGAAUUAAUCAAAGCGCAGCAUACGACGCCUACUGUUCACAAUUCAGCAACAGAAAUCAAAAUAUUGUAAACACAAGUAGUAGCCAAUUUUUAGCAUUUUAUGCCACUGCUAUAUCCAUAUACGUCGUUUGUUCAGUAAUAGUGGUCAUCAUUUCUCUGGUUCAUUUAAAAAGCCUCAGAUCUACAAUUAAAAAAAAGAAUGACGAGGAAGUUGAUGUGAAAGAAUUAUCUUUUAUUUCAAAACCUGAAACAUCCAUAGUCAUUGUUGUUUUGCUUACUAUUGCUAUCACUGUGUUAUGUAUUACUUUGAUGUUUGUUGAAAUGAACUUAAAUUCAUCUCAACAGAAUGUUGCAAUUAAUCACAUAACGAAUGGAGUGCAUAUUUUGAGAACUGCCAACAAUAUUGCUUUCAGACUGUCAGAAUUGUUUUCCUUUUUACGGUAUCCAUAUAAAUUUUGUGUAAAUGAUGAUCGAUUGAUGACACGAAAGGAGCUUGAUGAUUUUCAUACACAACACAAAGAAUUAUCGGGUAUUGUUGCAAAUGCAUGGAAUUCAUUGAAAUAUGGCCAUGCAUUCCGCACGUAUGACGAGCUUAAUGCAAUUUUAACACCAUCCAAUUGUAGCUAUCAGAAUGGAACCACUCAAUAUUCUUGCUUGCCGAUGGACGAGCUUAUCGUGCAAUUAAUAAGCUCAUCCAAUCGAUUUGGAGAGGAUCUUUAUUAUAGCAACUAUCCAUUAAUUGAGUUAUUUACAGGACUUUUGGGUCAUUAUGAAAUGACAACAGUGCUCAUGGAUCGUAUGGUAAAUUUGUUUAAAAUAUACACUAGACUCUCGUCACAACCUAGCUUUGCUAUUACCAUUACUUUCUCACUCGUUGGAUAUUUAUCAAUACUUGUCAUGACCUAUUUCGCUUACGCAUUACUUACAGAUUUUUGGAAGCAGAAGCAGCAAAUUAGAAUAAUGCUCAACUAUGUACCAAUUGAUGAUUUAGAAGAAAACGAAGACCUUAAAAACUUUGCCCUUUUCGAUGAGUUACCGAAUCAGCUCAAACUUUCGCGAGCAAAAACAGACGACAAAGGUGAUGGUAAAGUUAGAUCUAUUCUUAACUCUGCUGUUGACGGUGCCAUUCUUUGUAACCACAAAGGAGACAUGGAAUUAUUCAAUCCAACAGCCCAGAAUAUGUUUGGAAUGAACAACAGUGAUGUGUUGGGACAACCGUUGUUAAAAUUAUUUGACCCUUCCGAUGCUGAAAAUUAUCAAAAGCUUGGACAAAUUAUUCAGAAAAUGAUUACAAGCACUCAGCCAUUUGGAGAGAAUGUGGAAGUUGGAUGUUUGAGAAAGAAUCAAACCAAAUUUCCUGCCAAAGUUAAUAUUGUGGUGAGCAUUUACAACAAGAAACCACUUAUUAGUUGUUUUAUUAGGGAUUUCACACCUGAAAAGAAACAAAAUUUACUUUUGGCAGAGGAAAAGAAAAAAUCUGAAACACUACUUCUUAACAUUAUGCCAGAAGCGGUGGCUUCGAGAUUGAAAAGUGGUGAAACCUUUAUUGCUGAAAAAUUUAAUGAUGUGACCGUCUUCUUUUCAGAUAUGGUUGGAUUUACUCGAAUCAGUUCUGGAAUGAAUCCUUCUGAAUUGGUAUCCAUGCUAAACACCAUUGUGAAUGGGUUUGAUUUGUUGACAGAAAAAUUUACGCUGGAGAAGAUUAAAACCAUUGGAGACGCCUAUUUUUGUGUGGGAGGAAUUAAUGGAAACACUCAAAGUGAUCAUCCUGAUCGAACUUUGAAGUUUGCGAUAGAGACCAUGUCUGUCAUUCGAGAAUAUAAUUUAAAUGGGAAAACGAAUGUCAAUAUUCGUGUUGGAAUUCACACAGGACCGGUUAUAGCUGGUGUUAUUGGAAGUAAAAAAUUUGCAUAUGAUUUGUGGGGCGACACAAUUAAUACUGCUAGUAGAAUGGAAAGUACAGGCGUUCCAGGAAGGAUUCAACUCUCUCGUCAGACCUAUGAGAGAGUGCAUGAUUUAGGAUUUCAAUUCGAUGAGCGAAAGAUUGAUGUGAAAGGAAAAGGGGUGUUAAUGACCUAUCUUCUCAAACCAAAACAUCAUGCUAAUCCUCUCGAUUCUCCGUAUGAUGAUGCUACACCAUCUCUUAUUUCAAGCUUUAGCUUCAGUGAAGUGCAGCCUUCUUCGUCUCCAACAAAUGCUGCUGCAACUAAUCCAGCUCAGCCACAAACGGCUUCUGCUUUUUCUGACUCAACAAACAACAGUGGUACAGAUUUGACAUCAAAUAACCAGCGUACGAUGACAUCAUCAUCAUCUUUGGAGCAACGAACUUUGAGGCCAUUAAAGCCACUCCUUAAGCACGACUCUAAGACCGUGCUUGGAUUCCUGAGUGUGAACAAGUCACUGGAGGAGAGCCAACCAAUCUUUGAACCUACCUCAUCCGACAAUACCGAUCAGAAAAAUUAG